GUCCCAUCAGCAUCAUCGUCAUCGUCAUCAUCGUCGUCGUCUUCGUCGUCGUCGUCGUCGUCAUUGUCGUCGUCGCCAUCGCCAUAAAAACUUUGGUUUCUUUUACCAUUUCUAUUGCCAGUUUUUUUAGGGGCCACAUAGUAUCCGAGUAAACGCAUUUCCUUUUUUUCUUUUCUAUCGAGGCUGUGAUUUAACGAAUCACGCAAGUAUUCGUACAGUAAGAAGCCGUUAGCAGAAGGAGCUACAUUUUUGUCUGGUCAUUUUUUUAUUUUUUCGGUGCAAGAAAUACCCUAUAUAAUUUCGCAAGUUUCAAGUGCAUUGCAUAACACUGAAGGCUAGUUUAGAUUUUCCCGUUACAUUUAUACGUUCUGUAAAAGACUGAGAAUUCUUUGAAAAGAGAGAUUUAAGAAAACGCACGUUAGGCUGACCUUUAACGUACAAAUUCUAUAAAGAUGUCUCUAUUGAAAUCGAUAGAAAGAUUGUAUUCGCCUCUUACUGUACGCAACUACGUUCGAUUUCCCUUGAGAAAUUCAAUUGGUAGGCGUUUCGGAUGACUCGUGUUCAGGAAGGUAGUUUUGUUUAUCGGUGCAAUAUCGGUGUUGUGUUUUUGUAUGUUUAUCGCGUAAAAGAUGCGCGGCGGUUCGACUGUGAAUACACGCUUCUCCAGUUUUCCCUGUCCGAUGUAAAACGAGAUCGUGGCCAACGAGAAGCGAUCGAAUCGCAAGAUAGAUACGAGUAAUUACGUCAGCGUGGUGUACUGGCACUUGCACGGGCAACCCGAGAAGCGUGUUACGUCUACGCAGAUGCAUAUUAAUUUGCGUGUCGUUUUACCGCAAAAUAUUUCGUCAGUCGCGAAUAUUGCACGCAAAUGCGUUCACUUGGGGCGUACGACAUUACAGAUGAAACCGACUAUAUACACUUGCCAUAAUGUGCACUCAUAUUAUACAUAUAUCUGUAUAUGUUUACGUGUGUAUACCUAUCUAUAUAUACUAUAACAUGUAUAUACAUAUAUAUAUAUAUAUAUCUCUCUUCCGAAUUUCAAAAGAACACGAUUAUUCAAAGAAAUGAUCGCGACUGUUCUGUCUAUGCCUUUAGCUUCAACUGGUCUGUUUUCUUUUUUUGAUUUUUAUCUUGCCCUCUUCCGCCUGACGAUGCUUCUUCACGCUUGCUGACAAAACCUUCGUGCGCUUCGCUACCUGCCAAUUAACGCCUGCCGACAAAUCACGCCGAUCAAAUAUCCAUGCGCCCGGACUACGAAACGUCCAACGAACGUUCGAAUGAAAAUUAAUCGAUCGAUGAUCGCAAAACGCGCACGCAAAACGAAUGAAACCAUUCGUAUGGAAAUAAAUGAAUGAACAAAAAAAUUAAACAAAAUACAAAUAAACACGCGCGCGCAUACGCACGUGACACGUGACAAAAACUGUGUGCGCAACGACGGUCGUCGUUGCUUCCACGGGCACACAUGGAACAAUGAAACGACUAUGACCGUGAUCGAUACACGUGCACACGUGGGAACGAUGCGCUGCGGAAACGGUGUGUCCGUACGACCAUGAAAAUAACAAAUCAAACAAACCAUAUGGAAAAUAUGAAAAAUAAUACUGUCCGUGAAACACGGGAACACUUGGACGAUCUGUCGUACGAAAUCUGAAAAUAAAAAGCAGACGGCGACGAUGCCAACGAACGUGGCGGGAAUGAGCGCGUUGGCUGGCGGAGUGUCAGGAGUUCCCGCGACUGCGGUUCCCGGAGGACUUCAGAGCGCCAGUAUGGCGAGCAUCGAACUCGGCAAGAAGCGGAUGCGCGACUCCAAUGAUGAUCUGCUAAUGAUGGACGUGAAGUCUGUCGGAUCGUUCUACUACGAGAACUUUGUCUUCCCAGGAAUGGUUCCGUAUAAACGACCGGCGGGCGACAAGUCCGGCAUGCCGGUCUAUCAGCCUACCGGCGCGACGACCUAUCAACAGUUAAUGCAGCUGCAGCAGCCCUUCGUGCCUGUGUCAUGUGAGUACACUGGAACACCACCCCUACCCACCCAAACCUCUAACCAAUCGGUCGUGCAACCCCCGAACGUGCAAAGCAACCACCACGCGGUGGUGGUUCAGUCCUCCUCCUCCUCCCAGGGUACCGGUGGCGCCACAGUCAAUAACUGCGCCGACGCCAACAAUGGCGUGCUGAUGGAUCCUUGCAACAACCCACCGCCACCGCCUCCAACUGCUGACAAUAACAGUAACAAUAGUAACGGCAAUAACAAGCAGCCGAAUGCGACGCAGAAUCACGACGCCGAAAACGCGCAUAACUCCCCCGAAUUGAAUCACUCGAGUCCCUCGACGAUCGCUCAGCAGCAACAGCACCAACAGCAUCAACAGCACCAACAGCAGCAGACUCAACAGCAGCAGCAGCAGCAACAGCAGCAGCAACAACAACAGCAGCAGCAGCAUCAACAGCAACAGCACCAGUUACAGCAGCACCAGCAACAGCAACACCAGUUGCAACAGCAGCAACAGCAAAUACAGAACCAGUUGGCGUUGUCCGCUGCUUCCGUGCAGCCGGCGAUGAGUCCACUGACUUCGGUCGCUGGCCUGACGUCCAUGCCCGGUGUAGUCAACAUGGUCUCCAUGGCCUCUAUGGCCUCCAUGGCGUCCAUGUCGAACGUGCCGUCGGUGACGAAUAUGGCGUCAAUGUCGAACUACAACCCCUCGAACGUCGCCAGUCUAAACAUGCUGAACAGCCUCGGCAUGGCGUCCGGGCUGCCGGCUCAUCUCGACCCAGCCGCUCUGGCGAAGGAGGUUGCCCAGAAGAAUUUCACGAAAGCCAUCAAAUUUUCGCAAGCGUCGCAGUCGUAUCCUAUCAAUCAACUGACGGCGUUGAAUUACACCGGAGUAGCUUUGAACAAACAGGCCUUGGUGAAUCCCGCAGCCGCGGCCGCGGCAGGGAAUCCGGCUUUAGCUGGGCUGCAAGCCACGGCAGCGACGCCCAGACCAGUCAUCCCGAACCUAGCCAGUAUUCCAGGGGCCCUGACCUCUCCGCUAUCGGCGGGGAUUCUCGCCUACUCGAGACCUCCGGCGGGCACUCAUAUCAAUCCUUACUCCCUGAUGAGACAGCAGAUCCUGCCGAAUCCUUACGUUCAAGCCUCGAUACCGACCGUUCCCAGCGCUGCCGCUGCCGCGGCGGCCGCCGCGGCUCAGGGCAACCCGUACGUGCAGAACCCGUACACGGUCCUUCCCGGUGUCCCCGGAGUCGCUGCCGGCGUAGCGGCCGGCGUACCGAGUGUGUCGCAAAUUCCACAAAUUCCGAAUCCGGCUACCAUCGCGGCGCAACCGCAAGUAGCGAUCCCCGUCAGUUCCGGCGUGAUCAUGCAGCCGUACAAAAAGAUGAAGACCUCGUAAACUGUUUGUUCGAGAACAGGAGAAGAGAGACGCACUGUCUUCUCUUCCCGUUGAACGUUCUGGUUCCUUCUUCUGGGCCCUUCGCAUUCUCUCUUUCGCUCGCGGACGCCACGCCGUCGGUCUUCAGAUUUCCCGGUCCUUUGGCUCUUUUAACUCUCACGCGGGAAACAUCUGCGCUCGACAGUUCGAGGAACGUGAAAUAUUUACAGAUUUGUUCGCGCGACGUCGCUCUCUAUCUCUUUCGUUUCAUUCUAGAAGCAGCGUGAAAUUUCAUUU